CUAUUCCUCAGAAGUUGUUCCAAUGCAAUGGGAAGUCUGGCCUAUAUGGAAGAAAUGAAUGUUGUUUCUAAUAUGAGGACCAUCAUCCUAAAGCUUCCAUACAAGCUCAGAGAGCAGUGGAGGAACAAGGCCUGUGACCUACAGGAGAAGCAAGGCCACCGUGCCAUUUUCCCAGACCUUGUAAACUUUAUUGAAAAACAAGUCAAAAUACUCUCUGAUCCACUGUUUGGUAACAUUCAGGACACUAAGCAAUCAACUAUCAAACCCUCAUCCAUCCCUAAGCCAAGAGUAAAUUCAAGUCCAAGGAGCAGCUUUGUAACAACAUUAAUACCCAUAGACACUGUGGAGUCAAAUGAAGGAAAAAGGAAUGUGAUUGUCAAAUCUCAAAGUUGUCUGUUCUGUAAGAAGAGUGGUCACACACUGGAGUGCUGUCCACAAUUCAAGAGGAAGAAGCACAAAGGAAAAAUAGACUUCUUAAAGGAAAAAGGAGUCUGUUUUGGCUGUCUGAAAAUAGGACAUUUAAGUCGAGACUGCAGAAAUCGUCUAUUAUGUGAAAUAUGUAAACGACAACAUCCACAAAUACUCCACAUUGAACAGACAGAACAAACUCAAACCAAAUCAAUUGGAAUCAAUACUGUUGUCCCACCUCCCAAGCAUACUUGUGGUCAUAUUGGGGCUGGGGAUGACCCCUCCAUCUACUCCAUUGUACCUGUACAAGUCAAAAGCAACAAGGGAGACACAGUGUUACAAACUUAUGCAUUUUUGGAUCAUGGAAGCACCUCUACAUUCUGCACAGAAAAACUGAUGCAAAAACUGAACAUUACAGGACAAAGAAAAACCAUCCUUCUCAAAACCAUGAAUUAAGUGAAACCCGAAACCAGCUACCACAUCACUGGACUGGAAAUAGCCAGGAUAAAUACAAAUGACUUUAUUCAAUUGCCGUAUGUAUUUACACACAACACCAUGCCAGUUUCACCACACAAUAUUCCAAAACAGCAGGAUUUGAAACACUGGCCAUAUCUAAACAAUAUCAAAUUACCUGAAAUUGACUCUGACAUCGACCUCCUCAUUGGCACGAAUGCCUCUAAGGUACUGGAACCCUGGGAGGUGGUCAAUAGCCAGGAGGACGGGCCAUAUGCAGUGAGGACCCUAUUGGGAUGGGUCAUUUAUGGUCAUUUAAUAGGAGAUGACACCAGCAGGCAUAAUGGCUGCCCUGUUGCUGAUGUCAAUAGAAUAUCUAUUCUAAACCUGGAGGAGAAAUGCUUUGCCUACGACAAGAUGGAGAAAACCAAGACACGUCUCCAGCAAGAGUUGGACGACAUGGUGAUAGAUCACGACCAACUUCGACAAACUGUCACCAAUCUGGAGAAGAAGCAGAAGAAGUUUGACCAGAUGCUGGCGAAAGAGAAAAACAUAUCUGCACGCUAUGCAGAGGAGCGAGAUCGGGAUGAAGCCGAGGCCCGUGAGAAAGAGACCCGUACACUGUCUUUGACCCGCGAGCUGGAAACUCAAAUGGAUCUAAAGGACGAGGUGGACCCCAACAACAAACCGCUUCGGGCUGAAAUGGAGGAUCUGGUGUCAUCCAAAGAUGAUGUUGAAAAAAGCGUGCACGAGCUGGAAAAGUCCAAGUGUGCCAUGGAUCCACAGCUGGAGGAGAUGAAAACACAGCUUGAGGAACUGGAGGAUGAACUGCAGGCCACGGAAGAUGCCAAGCUGCAUCUGGAGGUCAACAUGCAGGCCAUGAAGGCCCAGUAUGAGCGGGACCUGUCUGGACGUGACGAGAUGGGUGAGGAGAAGAAGAGGUCUCUGAUCAAGCAAUUCCGCGAAAUGGAAAUGGAGCUGGAGGAUGAGCGCAAGCAGCGUUCAGGUGUUGUUGCUACAUGUAAAAAACUGGAGCUGGACCUGAAGGAACUGGAGGCGGGCAUCGACAUGGCCAACAAGCACCGUGAGGAAGCCCUCAAACAACUGAAGAAACAGCAGGCCCAGAUGAAAGAACUUAUCAGGGGACUGGAUGACACUCGCAUGUCUCGAGAGGAAAUUCUGGCCCAGAGUAAGGAGUCUGAGAAGAAGUUAAAGGGUAUGGAAGCUGAUAUGCUCCAAAUGCAGGAGGAGGUGGCUGCUGCAGAACGAGCCAUGCGACAGGCUCAGCUGGAGAUAGACGAGUUGCAGGAUGAGAUGAACAAUCAGGCCACCAAGAAUGCUCAAAUCGCAAAGGAGAGGAGACGUUUGGAGGCACGUAUCGCUCAGCUGGAAGAGGAGCAGUGCAACACGGAGCUGGUUAACGACAGCCUGAAGAAGUCCAUGCUGCAGACUGAUCAGAUGAACGUGGAGCUGACCUCAGAUUGCAGCUCCUUUCAGCGCGUGGAAGGCACCCACACCCAGCUGGAGCGUCAGAAAAAAGAGCUGAAGCUCAAGCUGCAGGAGAUGAACGGAGCGGUGAAGUCCAAUUACAAGGCCAACAUGGCCGCUCUUGAGGCCAAGUUUGCUCAGCUGGAGGAGCAGCUGGACAUCGAGACCAGGGAGCGGCAAAGUGCGACCAAGCUUGCGAGGCGAACUGAGAAAAAACUGAUAGAGCUGGUUCUGCAGGUGGAUGAUGAGAGACGCAACACCAAGCAGUACAAAGACCAGGCAGACAAGUUGAACUCUCGCAUGAAGCAGAUGAAGCGGCAGCUGGAGGAGGCCGAGGAGGAGGCUCAGAGGGCAAACACCUACCGAAGGAAGAUGCAGAGGGAGCUGGAGGAUGCCACAGAGUCAGCAGAAGCCAUGACUCGUGAAGUCAGCACCCUCAAGAGCAAGCAUCCGAUCAACCCAAAUCUUGUCUACAUAAUGAAGAUUCAAGAUUAAUGAACUAGAAAUGCCAACAUAUUUUUAUUUUUAAAUUAUGAAAAAAAAAAUGAAAGGAAUUUGAAAAAAAACAAAGAAAAAAAAUGAUAAGAAGAAUCGUGUAAAAUUGAAUUUGUAUGGCUCCCUAUCAAGUAAUUGUUACAGUGUAAACAAUUAGGGGCCGGUGUGUAGGAGCCAUUUUAGGCAUCCUUAUUUUUGUGCCGGCAUUACUUCCUUUUGUCACUAGGUGGCGGGCUUUUUGGUUUAGGAGUGCAGGGUUGAAGGCAUAAAUAGGAGCACAGGUCAGCUGAUUAGGAAGAACUCAGGUGUGGGAGCACAAACCGUUCUUACCAACGGCAGACAACGGCAGACAACGGUACACAGCAACUGGCAGGAAAUACAGGAGAGCAUAUGGCACAAUGUCACUACAAUAAUCCAUGGUAUGUUUCAUUCACCCUGCAAGUUUAUUAAUAAAUAUGCGUUAUCUGGACUUCUGACUGGACCUCACUUCAAUGCAAUGUUUACUGCUGCGUAGGAUCACUCCCUCAAACCUGUUGAGUAGUGACAAUAAAUUAGAACAUUUAAAGGUGAAGAUUGCCACUACACUCAUGUCAUGUGAUUUUAGGUCAUGUGAUUUCAUUCAUGUGAGGUCUUGUCAUGUGAGAUCAUGUCAUGUGAUUUCAUUUCAUGUGAUUCCAUAUCAUGUGAUUUCAUGUCACAGGAUUUCAUGGCAUGGGAUCUCAUUUCAUGUAAUCACUUGACAUGAAAUUUCAUGGCAUGUGAUUUCAUGCCAUGUGAUUUUAGGUCAUGCGAUUUCAUUUUAUAUGAUUUCAUGUCACUGGAUUUCAGGGGCGGUUCUAGGCAUGGUUAUAUGAGGGG